CUUUUUUUCUAUUACAUAUUCUUUUCUUUUUUUCACUUGGUUGUGGCUGAAAAAAAAAGGCUUUUCUCUUUCACUUGGAAACCAUAACAACAACAACAACGCAAACCACGACGAUAGCACAGACCAAUCGUAUUCCUUAAUGGACUUUAGUUCUUUAAAUUUCGAAGACACGCACGAUGUUUUCAAGAAUGGUAGCUAUCAGCUGUGUCCUACGACGCCAACCACGACCGCUUCGAGUCACCACCACCACCAAGAACAGCACCAGGAUCAACACCAACAGAAUCAUCACCACCACCAUGCCGACGUUUCUGUUGACUUUUUCGCAUUCGCAGACGGCACUGCCGAUUUUACCCACCUGACAGCGACCCAGCAACAACCACAGCAGCAACACCAUGUGGACUAUACCAAUGUUCCGCACCUGACGCCCGAUGCAGGCAAAUUCACCAGCAGCAGCGUUUUGUCCGGAACGAAUCCCGAGUACAUGAUGUCGCCUUUGCAGAUUUCAACUACACAUGGCGUCAACGGCUUGAAUCCUCGACCCUAUCAUUUGGACGAUAUUGCUGGUUUCGGCGACGAUGAGGACUUUCUCAGUCCCUUAGAAUCGCCUGCCAUUGCACCCACGACUAUUACACAACACAAUAAUAGUAAUAAUAAUACUUCUAAUAUUUACGAUAAUAAUAAUAAUAAUAAUAAUAUCACGACGCAUAACCACCACCACCACCACGAUGCCAUGGCUACAACAGCAGCAGCUACCAACGAUACAUUUUCACCACUCACAUCCCCAGCACUUCAAGCAGUGCCUCCUCAUCACCAUUUCAACCAGUUAAGUAACGAACAAUCACCAGAGAGCGUUUUGCAGCAAAAAUUGGCCAUGAUCGAACGACAGCAGAACCAGCUACGGGCAGCACAUCGCCACUUGCAAGGAAAUCAGCAUACCGGCAGUAGGAACAACAUAAUGCCUGCUUGUAGCAGUAGUAGUAGUAGCAGUAGCAGCUGCAACAGUACGACGAAUGGCAGCAGCAGCAGCAACAUCAAUCAUUCAGUAGUAGCUGCAACAGCAACGGCUAGUACGCUCCCCCCUACGAGUAUGGGCGGACAGGAGAUGCUACCGCCACCCUCGACAUCUCCAUCGUCGUCGUCCUCGUCACAACCUCCUGCAUUGGCAGCUCAGGACGGGCGCUUCCUAGCACCAGCAACGCCGUCGUUACUGAUGAAGCUAGGCCGCGGUACUGGCCAGCCUAUGCCCAACCAUGUUUCGCCUGCAGUCGACAAUAUGGCAUCGUUGCCAGCCGCCAUGCUUGAAGAUAAUAGUAGCAAGAACAGCAAGUCCAUCAGCAAAAAACCGACACCGAAGCGACGGAAAACGGGGCGAUCAACGACAGCAGCACCAUUCACAUCACCAGGGCUGGCCCCUAUGGCUCACAUGUCUCCACGGCCGAACACAGAUCCGACGAUUGCAGCGCUUGUAUCACCUGCGGCCCUGCGGCCAAUGCCAACCACCGCACCCAUCCAAUCGUCACCACGUGCCCUGAAACCACUGAUCUCGCCCUCACUCCAGCCUAACGGCAAACGGUUAUCUGCCAUUGAAGAACAGGUGGCAGCGGCUGCACUGGCGACUAAAAGCAACUAUCAGAACAUGCGUGAGGGAAAAGCCAAGAGCCUGGGGAUCGAUUUCUCGUCGAGUUUCCAGUCGGGUGUGGAGAAUCGACGGUCAGCGCACAAGGCAGCAGAGCAGAAACGACGCGAUACGCUGAAACAAAGCUUUGACUCUUUGCGCAAAGAGAUUGCAGACGCGCUGGUGGAAAAGGAAGAAGAGCUCAAACAGCUGCAAGGUGGAGAGUUAGAAGGGAUAGAAGGAGCAGAAGGAGAGAAUGAAGAAGGCAGCAGCAGCAGCAGCAGUUUAUCGGUAGAGGAGCUCAAGAGUAACAAGGAAAAGGAAGUCAAGCAGAUGAGCAAGGUCGUUUUAAUACAGCACUCGUACGAGUACAUCCUGCGGCUGAAAGCACAGAACCGGAACAAGGACGACGAGCUGAAUAAGCUCCGGGAACAAGUUCGGUCACUCACGAGUCAGCUCAAUGCCAAAGACGAAGCUGAGGGUGCGGAGUAAAAUUAUGCUUAGUUUUUUUUAGCUGCCCUUUCCUUCUCACUCCCACUCACUCCCACUCACUCACUCUACAUAGCACACACACACACACACACACAUACUCCCCUAUUAAUUUUUUUUUUCAACUCAGGGUUUUUCCCGCUUGCAUCUCU